CCUAGCCAAGCUGGUGACAGCAACCAUGACUGAGAGUGAAGGAGGAAUCUUCAAUGGUUUGACUGCCUGGUUUUCUACAAGUGUUAGAAAGAAGAGGCGUAAGAUCUGGGAAAAGGAGGGAGGGGAGGUAACUCCUUUUGACACAGCUGAGUUCUUCUUCAGUGAAAAUGCUGAGGCUGAGGACACAGAAUGGAUAUACAAAAGUGAUGACUAUGAAAGGGACCAUAUCUCCGUGUUUCACUCCAUGUAUAUAGAGAAGUGUAAAAGCAUGGGCAGCACAGCUGAUGUUAAGCUGGGGGACUACUUCUUGCCUCCUGCUGAUAUUCAGGAAUUGGCCCGGAAACAAGUACACUACAAAUGGGAGAUUGAUGAGCCAGCAGACCAGGAAGAGGUUGUGUCAGAUUCAGAGGGUCGUGUAGGCUCACCGGUGAAGAGAAGGUCCACAAGCCACAAGGGUACAGAACAUCAGAAUGCUCCUGGCUCCUGUUCAUGUGCAGGUGCUGAGAAAGUACCAAAAUAUGAAGGACCUUUGACAGAAUUUCAACCUGGCAAAAAUGGCAACGAAGUGUUUUGUGUAUUAAGGUGACAAGACAAAUGUGAUGGAAAGUGUAUUUGUUACUGAUCAUAUGCAUCAGCUACACAAGUGUACUAUGGAAGUGGGGAAGAAGUGCCACUCCGUUGGUGUAUUUGUUUGUACAUCGUCCACUGGUGGUAUACAUGCCUUUUGUUCCCUUCACAGAAGUUGCCUGUGGAUGCAACUACAUGUUUGUGUGGUUUAAGGAGUACAUAUCAGGAGAUUUGAAUAUGCAUGCAAUGCACUGAUGAACUACUAGUAUCAAUCAGUGAUCAGAAGAUCCAGCGCUAUAGAUGGUGCAGUCAUUAUCUUGUGCAACAUGGUUUACUCUCACCUGGACUUCGUGAUGUCUUUGAUGUGUUUAUUAUACAUGUAAUAUAUUGAGUGAUACACCAGUGAGCAUAGAUUUAGCCAGAAUUUUAAGUCAUGCCAUCACAUUUCCAAUUUUCUCCUAUUUUUCCUAUCUCUGGCAUGUUAAUUUGUAAAAUUGGGCCUCUCAAAGACACUGAGACACCCCUCAGUGAGUACCUUCCAGUUACACGUUGCUGUCUGUUGAUUUACCUGUAUAAUUAAGAAUGUACCUGAACUUUUAAGACAGUGUUAUACAAUAUCUUUGUUUAUGAAAUGCUGUUAUUCAGAUAACUGAGGCCUGAAAUACAAAAUUAUAUCCUGACUGAGACAAAAUUUUGAGCCUGUGUUAAAAGAAUAAUACAACAUCAAACAUGGUUCUUUACUAUACAUAGCUCAAGACAUUAGUAGGCCUUCAGAUCUGAGGAAUGGUAUCACACUCUGGCCCACACCUGUGCACUCCUGAAACAAUAUAUGGACAUGCGAAUAAAAACGUGUAGCACACUCCAAACUCUGGAGAGCAUGGAUUUAGGUGUGCAUAGUACCCUCCUAGUCUAAUACAAGGUGUGUUACACAUCUUCCUGCAACUCAGCUCUGUUAACAACCUUGCAAACAGUGGGUCAUGGAAUAUUACACAUCUUCGUGCAACUCAACUCUGUUAACAACCUUGCAAACAGUGGGUCAUGGGAUAUUACACA